CUGGACAACAGGCUACCACCCCUACUGAUCUAUACUUCAAAUAAAUGCAAGUCACGUCGUUAACCCGACAGAACUAUUAACCAGCUCAUGCUAUAGAAGUCUCCAGGGCGACCCUGCCCCUCAAUGCCUCCGCGAAGGCGCUCCUUAUCCGAAUAAAUGGCUCCUUCACAGAACCCCGGUCCAACUCGCGCGGCUGCCCGAACCCCCAUUUCACGACCUUCCUUCGAAACCGCACUCAAUUUCACUGAUCCAUCCUUCGACCCCGCCGAAUUUCUCAAUGAUGCUCUUCCCCCGCUGACGCUGGCGUCACCGCAAUCAUAUACCCCUCGGGGCUCAACAGCUGUUUCCCUCGCCGAGUUAUCGACACAAGUACAGUCGAUCCUUACACAGACCAACGCACAAAAUGUCCGGCUCUCCAAUAAUCUUACUCAACUUACCGAUGAAAUUCUACGAAGUGGUAGCCGUCUUGCCUAUGAAGUCGAAGUGCUACGCGGAGAAGCAAUUGGGCUUUCCGAGACCCUAACGGAAGCCCUACGAGAUGACAUUGCGAGGUUCGUUCCCAACACCGUGGGAUCGAGCCGGGAGAGCAAACCGGACGCGGAGGAGGUCGGCGAGGAGUCACAGACAGCAGACACUGGAGAGGCAACUGUUCAAGAUCCCGAAUUUAUCACGAAGCUACGAACAUUGAACCAAGUACGAGCCCGACUGGAAGAAGUUGUCCAGACAUUUGGCGAUUCUAUGGAAUGGCCGCUACCGCCCUCUGAGACCUCUCUGACAUCGUCUUUCAUUUCGGUGUCAGCCCCAGAACCUGGUUCUGAGGCUCAGUGUCAAGAGGAGAAGGGCCAGGAGGUUGCGAAAAAGCUGCGCACGGAAGUGACGGAACUGCUCGAUAGCAAUGGUGGCGGGGAAGAGGGAUUGGAGGCUGCUACGAGGCGUGUUGAGGCCCUACGAGUGCUGGCGACCGUGUGGAAGGGAACUGCAGAAGAGAAGGCGCGGGCUAGAUUUGUGGAUAGUUUGACGAAGUUGAUCGAUGACCGUCGGCGAACAUUAGAGAACCAGGGUAAAAUCACUUCGUCUCAGCAACAGGCAAAGCCACCAGUUGGACAUCGGCGUCAGGAGAGCGAAGGACCGGGAGGUGGUAUCUUUAAGAAUCUUCAGCGACUAAGGGAGGAAAUUUAUCUUGAGUGAUACGUUGCACAUUUUUACUUUGUAUAUAAUGGAUGUUUCAUUUCUUUGUUUUCGAGAUCCUUAACAUACAUGAAACGAGCCAAGACCAGAGAGAUGUCGAUGACGCGGCAGAUGGUGGUUUCAAAAUUCAAUUGUUGUGUAAAGGUCUUC